AUGUCUCAAUCAAGUAGACCACAAAGAUUAUGUACAAAUUGUCAAACGAGACACCGAAGGUGUGAAAGACUUUCUGAAAGGGACGUUUGUACAUACUGUAGAAGAUAUGGACUUGACUGUAUCACUACCCCAGGUAGAAGACGCGGGCGAAGGCCUAGGUCGCCCGGAACUACCGAAGCUUUCUAUUCUUUCGAAAUUGUCAUGUCAUUCGUUGGCCAAAGACAAAUGCCAGAUGAUCAAAAUAUCGAGUCAAUUAAUUCUUAUGAACCUUCUCUUAGAAUUACCGAAGCACUUAUUAACCAAGAAUUAACCCUUACAAAUCUUUUUUUGAAACUGCCAGAUCAUUUAUUGACCAAGAACCACAUCAAAUCAUCAAAAUACUACACUAAUUAA